UCAAUUAAAUGCAUUUUGUAAACGGUUUAAAAAUACUUUUUCCUUUUAUACUCUCAUACAUAAGCAUAUCUAUAACCAUUCUCUUUUUUUUUUGUGCAACCAUCUAUAACCAUUCUCUAUAAAUAAAGAAUUCUCUUUUCUUCAUGAACCAUUGAAUCAAAAAUAUCAAAUCCAACGCCCACUCAAAAACAAUGACAACAAAACUCAUUGUCCUCUUCACGCUCUUGCUUCUCACACUAACACUUUCCCACUCACGCCCGACCGGACCCGAAUCUGUCUCGGAUCAGCUCAAGAAAAGCUCCAAAGGUAAUAAUAACAAGAAUGACAAGGGCUAUGGAUCAGGGGGAUACUUUGGGCCCGGAACCGGAUCUGUACCAGGAACUGGCUUUGGAUUACCCGGUUUCACAGGUAAGGAUUGGGGAAACAUUGGUGGUGGAUAUGGUGGUGGUUACGGCGGACCUACCGGUGGAUACAACAAAGGAGGUGUGGUGAGACCAACGGUGGUGUGUAAAGAGAAAGGUCAUUGUUACAUGAAGAAGCUGAGGUGUCCGGCCAAGUGCUUCAAGUCUUUCAGCCGCUCCGGGAAAGGAUACGGUGGUGGUGGUGGAGGCGGUGGCUGUACCAUCGACUGUAAGAAGAAAUGUAUGGCUUAUUGUUGAAAUGUAAUGCCUACGGAAAAUGUUUUUUUUUUUGGUUAAUGAGAGGGAAACUUUCUACUAUAUAUUGUCUUUUUAUUUUUGUUUUCAUUAUUUGGCAUGUUUUAAUUUUAUCUUACAAUAAACGAUAUAUCUAUCAUGUCAUAUGGUUAAUUUAUCCAUAAUAUUUAUCAUCCU